UUUUGAGAAGCAGUGAAAAAUAAAUUUCUUGCUGUUUGCAUUUUUUUCGUUCCUGUGUUAUCAGUUUAAUCUCGUUGGAUAUUUGCUGUUUUUCGAGACUCAAAAGUUGUGCUUGAACUUCGUAAUCUAUCAGCUAUGUUUGUGCCAAUUCAAAGUUUUAUUUGAUUUGUCCGCAAUUCCCGAAAACUCCUGCGCCUGUUUCGAUACUGGCAUAUAGGUAGGUAUAUAGCUACAGUGAGUAUUGGUGCGAAGGUGCUACAAUGAUAAUGGAUGCAGUCAAGCAUUACGGCCUGGGCCAGCGUAUAAAUCUUACGCAGGCCGUCAACCUUCCGCUGCGUAACACCAAAAGGAUCAAGUUUACCUGCUUCGAUGUCUCGCACAAAUAUCUGAUAUUUGGUGCCAACUCCGGAAGUUUGUACGUGUACGAUCGUGGCACUAUUAGUUUUCUGAGUAUUAUUCCCAGUCAGUUGGGCAGGAUAAGUCAGCUAUCGAUUUCACGCAAUGGAAAGCAGAUUGCUAUAGCCAAUAUGAGGGGGUCGAUAGGUAUUGUGCUAGAUUUGGAGAGCUCCGGCAGUUCAAAGGAGGUACUGCUAACGGAUCUAGGAAAUGGCAACAAUGGAAACUUCGUUACCUGUUUUUGUUGGGGUGAAGAUGAUCGUGAAUUGUAUUGUGGAGAUUCGAAGGGGACUGUGUCACUUUUGCAGCUGGCGAUGUUUAUGGGACGAAAUAUUUUGAACAUAACACUUAAUCCGGUACUAUUGCUGGAGAAUCAAAUUGUACAAAUAGAUCGGUACCAAGAUCUGUUACUGGUUUCGACACUGUCGAAGUGUGUUCUGUGCAAUACAGCGCGUGAGGAGUUCAAACAGAUCGGUAACCGUCCUCGGGACGGUGAGUACGGCGCAACCUUUAUUGUGGGUCAAAGGCACCGUACGGGUACGCCGGUGGAAGCAGAAGAAGACGACAAUGACAACAAUCAGAUGCCGUCACCUUCAAUGUACUGCAGUAGCACCGCUAGUGACAUCAUACGGAGGGAAGAGGUGCGAAUAUUUUGUGCCAGACCGGGAUCUCGACUAUGGGAAGCGGACAUGGAAGGAAAUGUUCUGCGAACACACCAGUUCAAGCAAAAAUCAGACGCAUCUCCUCAACAGAACGAUAUAAUUUCAUUUAAGCGUCUGCAAACAAUUCUGAAUAGACUAAUACUGGUGCACGACUCGAGGGAGAUAUUUCUCAUAGACCCACUCGCAUCGAAAGUUGUAUUGUGGAUCAACGAUUUGGAACAGAUUGAGCGCGUGGCUGUUGUAGGAGAGCAUAUCUACGUUUUCGGUGGCGAACAGAAACUAUUCCAACUGAAACUGGAGGUUGAGAUAAGUAGUCAACCGAAGAAGAUUACAAGCAACGGAAAGCAGAACUCGCCUCUCAGAAUGGAAAAUGGAGUUUACAUUUUAGAUCACCUGUUUAACAACAAUGGAGGAAGAGAUGGUUCCCUGCAAGCGGAAGUAACAAUCAAGGAGGCUCUGGUGUCGGUUGUACGUGGUAAGUAUGGACGGAACAUUAAGCAAAUGUUCUUGGGGUAUGAUCAGAUCGGUCCCGAAAGGCCCAAAACACUAAACGUGAGCAAGAUGUACAAUAACGAAGAGAACUACAACGACAUAGUUCGAAUUUUACCCAGCAAUGAUGAGGCUGUCGAAGAUGAGGAUACCACCGAAGAAGUUGUUCCCAAAAGAAACGCACAAAAGAAGAUGUUUUCCAUGUCACUACUCAGCGAUUAUCAGCUUAGUGAGGAUGACAAAACUGUUCGUAAUCUGUAUCUAGUGUACCGUUCAUCAACCAUAAGUAAUCUGAAUUUUACUGACCGCUACGCUAAAAUCUUUGAUGCCUACGAAUGUCAAGCGAUUGUUAGUCUACUGUACAAACUAGAAUGCGUAAUGGAGGAACACAAUGAAGAUAACCCGAGGCUCAAGUGCAUUCGAAUCUAUUUCGACUACUUGAAGGUUGAACUGAUCUGGGAGAUCGACGAGGAAUCAAGAGUUUACAUCAAGCGAAGCUUUAUCGAAUACAAUCAGAAACUGCUGGAUGAAGAGCUACGCCUACUGGAAAAGUGUGAAUCAUGUGGUCAUUAUCUGCGGCCCACUUCCUGCUGCCACUACGCAGAUAUAGGAACCACUCUGAUCCAGUACUACUGGUCUCGGCGAGAAUAUACUCAGUGUUUUGAAAUUGUGCAACAAGUUCCGUACCUUUGGUUAACCAUCACCAAGUUCCACAUUCAGGAUCAACGUGAGGACAAAGUAGUUCAGUGCCUGUGGAAUGUGGGAGACCGCGUCCUAUUGGAAAGGGCUGCCAGCGAAAUGUUCUCCAUCGAUCUUUGGCGUCAAUUACUCGAUUUGAUGCUGACCUGCUACAACAGUAACAGCUUGAUGUGUUUGAACUGUGAUAAACUUUGUACGUUUGUCGAUCCCGAUCGAAAUCCCAUGCGAUUGCAGUUAAGUGACAGUGACAAAAGCAAUAAUUACGCUACGCAAACAAGCAGCAGUAGUCAAACUAACAUUGACCAAAGGAUCAAUUUUUACAGUUGGGACUAUAUCUUGAAUGUGGCUAUAAACAGUGAAGUUGUCGAAGGAAAGGACUUGUUGCAACUUCUACGAGGCUAUGACGAGUUCAUUCCAAAAGGUGCAAUCAGUACAAGAUUCUAUCUAAAAUGUCUGCUGGACACUAGUGAAUAGAAAAGUAAAAAACAAAUAAUAUUAGAUAUCGGUGUGCGUAAAAGUAGCUACCAAAGCAAUCUGCCUAACUAGUAAAAAGCUACGCAAUCAAAACAUAUUUAAAGAUCUGCUUCAGUAAGACUAAAUAUCUACGAUUGUUGCUAAAAUACUUAAGACCUAAACAAUUAGAUGCCUACUUAAGUGAAACGAACUUUCACCCCGAGUCAAGUUGGUGACGCAGGCGUUACCUUCGCCUAUCUCAUUUACAAUAAUCAUAUCGGACAGAACCGUAGAAAGCUUUCAGUGUUAAAACACCAAAAUAUAUUAGUCAAGUUUCUUAGUCGCUUAAUGUAAAGUGCAAGCUUACAACAUUGUUAUCAUAGUUGGCAAAUGCAAUACAUACGAAAUACAUUACAC